UCCUUAUUCCUUCCCUUCUCCACACAUGUGCCUAGAAGAUCAACAAAACACAUAUAAACAUAUAUAAGCACCCUUCUACUAUGGUGAAAAGAGCACUUAUGGCUACCCUUUCAUCAAAGCAAUCUUGUUCUCGUUAUGGUAUUAGGUCUAUUAGCUUACCAACAAGAUCACAUCCAACCACAAUUAGAAUUCAAGAAGAGCUAAACAAGUUUAAAUCAUAUGAAGCAAUGGUAUCAUCAUCAUCAUCAUCAUCAUCAUCAUCAUCAAAGGUAGAAACAAUUUGUUUUGGUUUAUAUGUCCUUGUAAACAUUUACAAGUGCAUGGAAGAUUUUUUAAAAUUGGCAAUGACUCAACAAGCACUAUACUCUCACCAAAAGGAAAAAUGGGUUGAUGAAUUACUAGAUUGCCCUGUUAGAUUCUUGGACAUAUUGGGAGAAACUAGAGAUUCCAUCAUGUUAAUGAAAGGAAAUUUUCAAGAACUUCAAUCAGCACUUAGAAGAAGAAAAUUUGGAGAAUUUGUUAUUGAAAGUUAUGUAUCUUCAUAUUGGUGUCUAAGAAAAAAAAUGAAGAAAUCAUGCACAAAAUCUUUGAUUUUAUUGAAGCAAAUUGAUGGAUCAUUUGGAGGGUCAUUUCCUUUAGAUGUUAAUCAACAUAUUUCUUCAAUUGUGAGAGUUUUUAGAGAAGUAAGUUUGAUCACAAGUUCUAUUUUUCAAUCACUAGUUGAAUUUCUUGGUUCACCAAUAUUUAAGUCAAAGGUUAAUAAUAAGUGGAGAUUUUUGUCAAGAGUACUUAUGAAAAAAGGUGUGUUUGAUUGCAACAAUGAAAUGGAAAAUAUUAAUGAAUUGGAAAAAGUGGAUUUAGCACUUUAUAGAUUAAUGAUUAUUGAUGACACAAACAAGGAUUUUUAUGAGGUUGAGAAGAUUCAAUGUGCACAUAAAGAGAUUGAAGCUAUUGUGGUAGUAAUUGAAGGGCUUGAAAAUGGAUUAGAUUGUUUGUUUAAGCACCUUAUUAAUACUCGAGUAUGUUUUCUUAAUAUUCUUUCUCCAUAAGGUUGGUUAAAUAUGAUAUGAUCAUAGUUCAUAUAAUUUAAUUCCAAUGAGGCUAUAUGCAUGUUAAGGGAAUUGUAUUAACCUUAUUGACAUUUUCAACUUGUAAAGAGAGUUGUUAGUUAAUG